CGAUCAGCAUAAACGGAGGGACAAACGGACUCCAGCAGAGACAGUGGUAGUUUUUAUUCUCAUGCCGUGUGCCGUGGUAACAACUAGCUAGCGACGGUUCCCAAGGCUGUUCCGCUCGGCGAAUCAGAAACUGCCCCUUCCUUCACUUCUCCUUCUUCCUCCGUUUUCGCUCUACCUCUUUCUUUGGCUCCUGCUCACGCAAACGUACUCAUGGCGGUUGCUUAAGCGUUCUCGAAGGCCACCAAAGCCGCUUGCUCGGGGAAAAUGACCACUAUCACCUCCGCUGAGCUCAACUAUCUCGUGUUUCGGUACCUUCAAGAAUCAGGUUUCACACAUUCUGCUUUUGCGUUUGGAUAUGAGGCGGGUAUUAACAAAUGUCCCAUUGAUGGAAAUUUGGUACCACCAGGUGCUCUUGUUACAUUUGUUCAGAAGGGGCUACAGUACUUGGAGAUGGAAGCCAACUUGAGCAAUUGUGAUGCAGACAUUGAUGAAGAUUUUUCACUUUUACAACCUUUGGAUCUUAUCACAAAAGACGUGCAAGAACUUAGGAAAAUAAUAAGUGAAAGAAGGAAAAAACUACAGAAGGAUAAGAGUAAGGAACCUGGAAAGGAGCAUGAAGGUGAACGUGGACGGGUAAGAGAAAAGGAAAGACAUCAAAGAGAGAAAGAAUGUGAAAAGGAAAGAGCGAAGGUAGAAAAUCAUAAAGAGCAUGAACAGCAGCAUGAAAAUCAGAACGGUAGAGAAAUGGUCGCAGAUCAAGAAGAUAAGGUUACUCUAAAGCAUGAAGAGAAUGGAGCAUUUGGAGGUAACCAUCUGUUCAACAUAAUUGGACCGGAACCAAUGGACAUCUCUACAACACCAACAUCUAUGCCAUGUGAAAUUCCUGGGUCAGAUGUGACUGUUUUAGAAGGGCAUACUUCAGAGGUGUGUGCUUGUGCAUGGAGUCCUGCAGGAUCACUUCUUGCAUCAGGGUCUGGGGAUUCAACAGCUCGUAUUUGGACAAUAGCAGAAGGGAGAUGUAAAUCUGGUUCACAGAAUGGCCCUUUGAAUGGGUUGGUGUUGAAGCAUGUUAGGGGUAGAACAAAUGAAAAGAGUAAAGAUGUCACUACACUUGAUUGGAAUGGUGAUGGGACACUACUUGCAACUGGUUCAUAUGACGGGCAAGCAAGAAUUUGGACUACUAAUGGUGAACUGAGGAGUACAUUGAGCAAACAUAAGGGACCCAUAUUCUCUUUGAAGUGGAAUAAGAAAGGCGAUUAUCUUCUUACUGGAAGUUGUGAUCAAACUGCAAUUGUUUGGGAUGUGAAAGCAGAGGAAUGGAGACAACAAUUUGAAUUUCAUUCAGGUCCAACACUUGAUGUUGACUGGCGCAACAAUGUGUCAUUUGCAACAAGCUCCACUGACACUAUGAUACAUGUUUGCAAGAUUGGCGAAAACCGCCCUAUAAAAACUUUUGCUGGGCACCAGAGUGAAGUUAAUUGUAUCAAAUGGGAUCCCACAGGUUCAUUACUGGCCUCGUGUUCUGAUGAUAGCACUGCAAAGAUAUGGAGUAUGAAACAAGAUAAGUUUCUUCAUGAUUUUAGGGAGCAUUCCAAGGAGAUAUAUACCAUCAGAUGGAGCCCAACUGGUCCCGGUACAAAUAAUCCUAAUCAAAAAUUGGUAUUGGCUAGUGCAUCAUUCGACUCAACAGUAAAGCUCUGGGAUGUGGAACUUGGGAAACUUAUCUACAGCUUGAAUGGACACAGGGAUGGUGUAUAUUCUGUUGCAUUCAGUCCCAAUGGCGAGUAUUUAGCCAGUGGAUCUCCUGACAAAUCCAUAAACAUAUGGUCCUUGAAGGAUGGCAAGAUCGUUAAAACAUAUACUGGCAAUGGAGGCAUUUUUGAGGUCUGUUGGAAUAAGGAGGGUGACAAGAUUGCUGCCUGUUUUGCUAAUAAUACAGUUUGCGUUUUGGAUUUCCGAAUGUAAGAUCCUGAGAAGCACCAAGUUAUUUAUUUAAUUUUUAUUUUUUUAUUUUCCUCCUUUAGAUGAGAUCGGUGGAAUUGUAUUUUCGUGGGUAGGUCUCCCAUUUUAACCAUAGUUGUAGGCAUAACUAAUGGUACUCGGAUCCUGUUGUAAUUUCCUGCUAUAAAUUAUCAGUAAGAAAUAACUUGUAGGAGUACAUUCUUAAUCAAAAAUUGUGUAGAUUUAGUUGGGCAAGAUCCUGUAUAUUCGUCGCACUUCUUUCUGUGUAACAAAAACUAUCCACUGCCUGCACGGCUGCACCCCCUGACAGACUGCCCCAAGGUAUUUUUUUCUUGGCGUAACUAUGUUGUUCAGCCUUUUGCAUGAAAGCACUACUAAUUUAG